CCCGACACCCAUCCCACUCUUCCGGACGGAGUAGAGAUAUUAUGUAAAAAAACUUAAAAAUAUGCACACGCGCACACGUAACGAAAGCGCCGAUUCUAUCAAAUACUGAACACCAAAACCUCACUCACUCAAGUCAUUCGCCCCUUUCCACUUUUCAUCCCACUAGAGAAAACGAUGAGCGAGAAAAACGAUGCUUCUUCCACCACCACAUCCCCCAUCUCAAGCCCUCGAUAACCUAACACCCCCUUCCUCCAUUUGUAGAACCCCUUUCUCGCUAGGAUCCUCUCUCUAGGGUUCCAUCUCCUCCUCGAUCCGGAUAUGACGCAGAGCGGCGGCGGUGGAGGAGGAGGAGGCGGCGGCGCGGAGUUCCACCUCCCGGACGAGAUCCUGGCCGUGAUGCCCACGGACCCCUACGAGCAGCUGGAUUUGGCGAGGAAGAUCACGUCCAUGGCGAUCGCUUCUAGGGUUUCGAAGCUCGAGAUCGAGGCGUCGAGAAUGAGGCAGAGGGUGGCGGAGAAGGACCUGCUCAUCGCCGAGCUCCAGGAGAAGCUCUCCCAGCGCGAUCAGAUGUUUCGAGAAGCCGACGCGCGGCUUCGGACUGCUCUCGAGGAGAAUAUUAAAUUGUCCAAGGAGCGUGAUUCAUUAUCUCAAACAUCGAAGAAAUUAGCCCGGGAUUUGGCAAAGUUGGAGACGUUCAAGAGGCAUCUGAUGCUGUCUCUAAAUGAUGAUGGUUCAUCUCAACAGGAAACAGUUGAUAUUAGGACCUGUGAUCAAUCAGUAGCCAAAGUAUCUGCUUGGAAAGAUGGAGGUUCUAUUAGCCACCCUGCCUCAAAUUUAUCAACAGAUGCCGGAAACAUGACUCAAGAAGCAACAAGGCUUACGGGGCAAAAAUUCUCGAUCACGCCACAUAUCACCCCACGCCUCACGCCCACUGCUACGCCAAAAAUAACAUCUACUUGCGGUUCCCCCAGAGGGUAUGGAGGGUCGCCAAAAUUGACAUCUGGUGCUUCCUCGCCAACUAAACCUCGGUUUGAUGGGCACGUGGCAAUGUCACCAUGGUUUCCAUCUAGCAAGCAGACCUCAGCAGCUAAUUCACCUCCUCGUGGGCGUCUUAUGCCAGGACGCACUCCUCGUAUUGAUGGGAAGGAAUUCUUUCGUCAAGCUAGGAGCCGGCUCUCAUACGAACAGUUUGCAGCAUUCUUGGCUAACAUUAAGGAGCUCAAUGCUCACAGGCAAUCGCGCGAGGAAACGCUCAAGAAGGCAGAAGAAAUUUUUGGUUCUGAUAAUAAGGAUCUCUACCUAUCUUUUCAAGGCUUGCUUAACCGCAGCCUGCCUUAGACCUCAACUUGGAAAUUCUUCUAGGUUAUUUGCAGAAACUUAGCACAUAGUGGAAUUCGGUGCUUGCUGCAACAGCUGCCAAGAAUUGAAGGUUGUGAACCUCUGGCCCUACUUAAAAUCACCAUUUCGGUGCACUGCGAUGAAAAUUUUGUGUUUUACUAUUUCUAAACUCUCAGUGAAAUGUUUAGGUGCCGAAUUGUUAAUCAAGCAGCCUCCAACCUUAAUGCCAUUUCUCAAGGCGCUAUUUCUCGUUCUACUCGAUGAGUAGCUUAUUACUGAAAAUGGAUGAACUCUGGCAAUCCUGAAUUUGUUUUGUCGUGAUUUGGUUUUCAAGAUUUCUGGCUCGCUGACCUUUCUUAUGAUUAAUUUGGAUGGCUUUAUCAAUACCCGGAAAGAUCGGCUUCUGGUCCAUUACCUGAUUUUUUGUCAUGCCAUCUGUAAAAUAUGAAUCGGGUCAAAGUUUUAUCUGAUUGUUUGUGAAGGUGCUGUGUUCUUUAUGUGCAACUUGAUGGAAACCGAUUGAAAUCCAAUUUGUAAAAGAGCAAUGCUCAGGUGUCGCAAGUUUUAUCA